AUGCUCUCCCGUGCUGCGCUCCGUACGAUCCCCACCGCCCGUGCGUUCUCGACUUCGAGCUCGCGGCUGACCAAGGUCGCUGUGCUGGGUGCUGGAGGCGAUUGGAUAUAUCCAGGUGGAAUCGGCCAGCCGCUCUCUUUGCUCCUCAAGCAAGACAAGCUCGUUAGCUCCUUGAGUCUGUACGAUAUCCGCGGUGCACCCGGUGUCGCUGCCGAUGUCUCCCACGUCGACACUCCCUCGACCGUCAAGGGAUACCCCCAAGACAAGCUCAGCGAGGCCCUUGAGGGCGUCAAGGUCGUCGUUAUCCCUGCCGGUGUUCCCCGCAAGCCCGGUAUGAGCCGUGACGACUUGUUCAACACCAACGCUGGCAUCGUGCGCGAUUUGGCACAGGCCGUUGCGGACAACGCACCCGAUGCGCAUAUCCUCAUCAUCUCCAACCCUGUCAACUCGACCGUUCCGAUUGCGGCCGAGGUGCUCAAAAAGGCGGGCAAGUUUGAUCCCAAGCGGUUGUUUGGUGUCACUACCUUGGACGUCGUCCGUGCCGCCCGAUUCUUGUCCGAGGUCGACGGUGCGGCUACCCCCGACGAGGCUCCGGUCACCGUUGUCGGUGGACACUCGGGUGUGACCAUUGUUCCUCUCUUGAGCCAGAGCAAGGUCGGCCAGUCCCUCCAGCCCGAUAGUGAAAAGUGGAAGGCACUCGUCAAUCGCAUUCAAUAUGGUGGUGACGAAGUCGUCAAGGCCAAGGAUGGUGCUGGAUCUGCUACCCUUUCCAUGGCUUACGCCGCGGCCAAGUUUACCAACCAGCUCCUCCGCGCUCUCAACGGUGAAAAGGGUAUCGUUGCGCCCACCUUUGUUAAAAGCCCAUUGUACGAAAAGGAGGGCGUCGAAUUCUUUAGCUCGGCAGUUGAGCUUGGCACCAAUGGUGUUGCAAAGAUCCACCCUGUUGGCAACGUCUCCCCGGCUGAGCAGAAGCUCAUCGACGAGUGCUUGCCCGAGCUCAAGAAGAACAUUGCCAAGGGUGCCAAGUUUAUCGAACUUGAAAUCGCACUUCGAAAGAGAGUAGCCAGAGUAAUUGAGGCCAGAAUAGCAUGGGCCGAACAGUUGAAGAAGGUAUUAACAAAAGGCCAAGGCAAACAAGUCACCCCGACCCAGUACAAGCCAGACAGCAAGCUAUCGAAUCGUUUCGGGCCCUCCAUGCUCCAUUGGACCUUGACCCGCACACCACUCACCCCGAGGUACAUAUCACUUGUGUCGGAACCUACCACAUCCUAUCCAUCGUCAUCAACUUCAUCUUCCAAAUACCUCUAUCUUAUCCCCCAAUCAUCCGACCACACGCUCCUACUCUUGUCCUGUCCACACCCGUCCUGUCCGACCCCGCACCCAAGUGCAAGUCUCCAAGGCCUACUCAACCACGCACGUAUAGCCCACGGCCCGUCCUACGCCUAUGCAUCGCACGACGAAUUUCUGCGAUCGCCCGGGGCAAGUACCCUCAUUGACGCAUUGCAAGACCCAACGAGAUACGCACAGAUCAUCAACGAGGGCAUUCAAGUCAAACUCGGGGGCGUAAGAGGGCUAAAAGAACUGUUUGAGAGUGCGGUGGAAGGCGUUGGACUGGGGUUGAGUGCGGAUACGGGAGAGCUGGCGAGGUUGCUUGGGAGAAAGGCGAGAAAGGGGGAGAUCAGGGCGUUUGGACAGGAUGAGGUUGUUGAUAUCGAGAGCGUUGACGAACCGGUUGGGAAUCAGAGGUGGAAAAAGUAUGGCGUGUGGGCUCCUAGGAGGCGAAAUAGGGUGCAAGAAGAAAACGACGAUAAAGGGGAACUUGAUUGCGAGCCGACUGGUAGUUGUGCUCCUGACAAGGCUUAUGUUGAGACUCCAGCGAUACAUGUGCCGAAUGCGAGCCGGUUUCAUAUCAAGAAACGUAUAGUCAUUUCGGACUGGAGUCGGUCGUUGCGCCGGGGUUCCGUUCAACCAGGUGGACCUACCCAUCGGUGGAUGAUUCGCCUAAAUGCACCAUCUUAUUCCGAUCAUAUAACAACCUUUCUAUCCGCCCUGAGAGUACAAUGUGCUUCGAUUCCGCCUGUCUUUGAAGAUACGAUUACCUGUUCGUCACCUCCGUUUGCAAUAUCCCGGCUCUCGAAGCAGCCGUUCCUAGCCCGGGUUACGUUGAUAUUUGCGGAUGAUAACACCAAGGAUGUCGUUAUUACGCACUGGAUAGACCUGGAUCCUGUUCGUUCGGGAAACGCAACACUAGGUGUUGAGCAAAUCUUUGAUGUCGAGUUGGACAAGAACGCACAGUUACUUCCACCUGAUAUCAGUAACAAGACACGCGAACUGAUAGAAGAAACGGUUGUCAAGUCGGAGCCUCAAGAGGGUAUUUAUUUCUCAGGAAGCUUCAGAAGACAGAAAGUGCCUUUGAAUGAAGAACCGGAGCCGGUGCACGAAAGGAUUGUUCCUGUAUUGUGUAAGCUUCGCGCAAGGCUACCACUUACUUUGGAAGAUGCUGCAAGGUUUGGGCACGUUCCGCAAGUUCCAUAUAUGCUUUUCGACAGUCAUCAGGAUCUACUCGAUGCCGUUCAUGGUCGGCGGAAGGCGAUAGAGAUGGCCUAUACUAGAGCACUACUCAGUAUGCUCAAGACUGAAUACAGCAGCUAUGACGCCGAUAUGGAGCCUGGCCUCGUGGAGUCCCUUACUACAACACAGUUAUAUGCGCACCUCCUGACUGAGAAAUCUUUCCCAAGACCCGAACUAAGCGUAGCCCGCAUCAAGAUGGAAGAGGCAUCCCCUGUCCCAGAUGAACUGGUGCUAUCCAUACCAGAAGGAAUUCAAUACUGUGGUGUUUGCGGGCUGGACAUCUCGAGGCACCCUCCAACCAGUCGGAUACUGGGACCUUCCAAGUUUGCUUGCAUAGCCUCUGGAUCUUUUCAGCGGCCUACAUGCGACAUUGGACUUUGGACAACGCUGCGUCCCUUACGCGAGAUUAUCCAACGGGUAAAUUUAGCCCCUGGUGCAAUUACGACCCUUGGUAGCAGAGCAUCUCUUCGUGGGGCCUCCCAGCUUGUGGAUUGUGCUCCUCCUCAUAUGACACUAGCCUUCCAUGCGUUGACUCGUUAUUGGAGACUCAAGACUUUUGAAUACGCAUCCAAGAGACACAACGCAAAUCCAUCAUCUGAAAUCAAGCUUCCACUUGAACUCCUGGGUGUAGACGAAUCCCACGUGGAUCGAACGUUGGCGCCGCAUGCAUUGCUGACGCUGAUAGCUCAAAUAUUUAUCAAACGGACUGCCAAAGAAGCAUUAAGAGCCCGUUCCGAAAUGUUGGGGGGAUUGUCUCAAGUGCCUGAAAAGUCUAUACUUACCACAACGCAUGUAUCCCGAGCUUUGAUGGAUGAGAACGAUAUCGUUUCGAAGCUUGUGACCACACAGUAUGUUCAGGAACUCAUUAAAGUAUUUGCGAGCAAUGAACCAGGAUACUUUAGCGCAUUAAGGAGGGGCCAAUUGUUGGCAUCAAAGGCGAGCAAACAUUGCCUGAGGGCAACUUGCACAAAAAGUCGAAAUCACCCGUACGGCUGCAAUGCUAAAUCCUGUAGACAGAAAUACGAACGAGCUAUAUACCCCGAACGACCCAAGUCAGGGUAUUGCAACGAAAAACCCGUCAACUCAGAUGCGAGGGACGAAGUGGCUCAGAUUGUGUUAUCGCAUAGCACUAUCCCAGUGCAAUUCUCGUUUUGA